AUGGUGGCAGACGAAGCACAAACUUCCUCAGUCCGACAGCCCGAUUCUGAAAGGAACCAACAACUCAAAAUGGCGCCUCCGGGAACAUUUAGUUUCGUGCCAGCAGAGUGGCCGAAGUAUAUAACUAGAUUCAAAAGGUAUAUGAGCGUAUCGGGAAAUGAAGAAUUAAGUGAUAAAAGUAAAAUAGAUUUUCUGUUAUACUCGAUGGGAGAUAAGGCAGAAGACAUAAUUAUUCAAUUUGAUAAAAAUUUAACUUAUACAGAGUUACUUCAGAGUUUUGACAAAUUUUUCUUUCCCAAGAAGAAUGUAAUUUACGAAAGAUUCAAAUUUAACUCAAGGGUACAAAAGGAAGGGGAAGAUUUUGAUCAAUUUGUCACGGAUUUGCAUAAGUUAGCAGAGGGAUGCGAGUAUAACUUGUUAAAAGAAGAACUUAUACGAGAUAGAGUAGUGAUUGGCAUAAGGGAUAGAAAUAUAAGUGACAGGAUGCUCUUAAAAAAUGACUUAAAGCUUGAGGAGGCUAUUCAAAUGGGAAAGCAAGCGGAAAUACAAAAAAAAGAGAGUAUGAUUAUAAGAGAAAAUAAGGAAGAAAGUGAAAUAAAUAGGGUGAAAGUAGGAACAACAACAGCACAAAGAAACAACGAAGAACUACAAUUAAAAGGAAAUUGUUGGUUUUGUGGACAAAAAGACAUCCUAGGAGCAGACAUAAGUGCUAUACCAGACAAUAUUAUAAAAGGAUGUGGACUCUCUAUAGUGAAAAGUGAUGAUGUGAUCAAAGGACCAGAUGGGACAAAAUUAGUGGUUUUGGGAACUACUAAUUUAAAGCUUAGGUAUAAAGAAAAUGUAUAUGAAGAUCAAAAUGAGAUAUUGAUCAAUACAGAUAUAGCAAGCUCGGCGGAGGAUGAAUCUAUAAAUAAUAAUGGAGAGCAAGUUCAAAGAAGAUCUGAAAGACUUGUUAGACGACCUAGAUAUUUAGAUGAUUAUGAGUGU